CAAUGGGAAGUGAAGUUCUUCAAUUCCUCACUUCCCCUGCUCUUUUCAAUCCCUUAUCCUCUCCUUUACGCUACAGAUUCCCACUGAACAAUUCUACUUCAUAUCCCACACGCUGUGUCUCUACCAGCUCCGGCGGUCGGGGAGGUGCCGGCGGCCGAUGGUACAGCAAUAGCAAGCGCCCAAAGGACUACCAGGGCUUUAGCUGGGAUGAUGAAAUUAGGGCAAAUGAUAAGGGAGAAGAGUUUGGUUUUGGAGGCUCCACGAAGCAGCGGAUUUGGUGGUCCGGUGAUCCAUCUACUUGGGGAGAUGAGUAUGAUGUUGAAGAUGAAGAAGCUGGAAUUGAUGGUUUUGGGAAUAUGGAGGGUUCCAUUGGUUUAUCCUGGGUGAUGAAGGUGCUCAGAGCCUUUGGUUGGAUGCUUCCAGCUAUUAUUAUGUCAGUGGUACUUGGAACAGGUACAAAUACUAUUAUCAUGGCAUUAGCACUUCCUUUGGCACAGUCUACUCUUUCAUUAGUGAUGGAUGCCAUCUGGGGAUGGUCUGAUGAAGGUCCACGAUCCAAUUACAAGAAAAAGAAAAGACGCUAUGCUAGAGAAGCGAGCAACCCUGGAACAAGAAUGGGAAAAGGAGAAAAUACUCGAAAUGGCAAGGUUAGAGAUUAUCAGUCCUCAAAUGGUGCACCAGAUAGAAAAAAGUCAGGAAGCACUCUAAAUUUUGGUGGUUGGGAUGAACUAGACAAUAUGGAAGGACAGCAGGAAAAGCCCCUUAAUCGAAGACCAGCUGAACCAAAACAAUUGACUGAUGGUAAAUUGAGCAAGAGAAUCGGAAGGAGAGAAACUCCAUUUGUAUUGAGACUGCUAAUUGCUGUUUUCCCAUUCUUGGGAUCCUGGACCAAGCUACUGUAAAUUUGUAAUGGACUCCGGGAGUUGAAGUCCUUUGUAGAGCCAAAACCCCCUGCUGUUUGGCAGCAAGCAAUCUUUUAUUUGGUCCUUGUUGUUUUUCUCAAAGCUUGACUUGGAACCCUAAUCAUAUAGCUGUACAGAUUAAACAUAGUUUAGAUGAGCUUGUGUUCAUUCUUA